CGACGUCUCGAUACGGGAGGACACAUUAUGCUCACCGAGCGGCUCACGGCUGCGGGGGAGCAGAUCCUCGCGGGGCUGGAGGAAACCUUGUUAGAGUCCGAGGAGCGAGUGGAGCGGACAGAGCGGUCCCAGCGGGAGGUCUGCCGCCAGAGGAGGCUGCUCGAUGCCGCGAUGCAGCCCGUAGUCCGGCUGCACAGAGCAGUGUGUCCUGCAGACGUCCAGCAACUGAUGGUGAUUAAAGAAGAGGUUCCCUCUGAGCAGCAGCAGUGGAGCCCCCUUGUGGACCAGGAGGAUCCAAAGCCCUUCCACAUUAAAGAGGAGCAGGAGGAACCGUGGACCACUCAGGAUGGACCACAGCUUCAAGGACUGGAGGAGGCUGAUAUCAAGUUCACAUUGACUCCUGUCGCUGUGAAGAGUGAAGAAGAUGAAGAGAAACUGAAAUCGUCAACGCUUCAUCCGAGUGAGACGAAGGAGAACAGAGCGGACUGUGGAGGACCAGAACCAGCCAGGAACUCAGGUCCUGAUGGACGUUUACAACCAGGUCCUGAGGACAAGACUGAAGACUCUUCUGAGACUGAAGUCAGUGAGGAUGAUUGGAUGGAGCCUCUAAGUGAUAUGGAUUGUAAGACAGAAAAAAAAACGUUUUGUUGCUCUGAGUGUGGUAGAAGAUUUAACCAUAGGUGCAGUCUAAAGAGGCAUAAGAGGAGUCAUACAGGAGAGAAACCGUUUAGUUGCUCUGUGUGUGGUAAACGAUUUAACCAAAGGGGUAAUCUAAAUAGACAUGAGAGGAGUCAUACAGGAGAGAAACCGUUUAGUUGCUCUGAGUGUGGUAAAAUGUUUCAACAAAGGGGCAAUCUGAAUAUACAUAAGAGGAUUCAUACAGGAGAGAACCAGUUUAGUUGCUCUGAGUGUGGUAAAAUGUUUCAACAAAGGGGCAAUCUAAAUACGCAUAUGAGGACACAUACAGGAGAGAAAUGGUUUAGUUGCUCUGAGUGUGAUAAAAUAUUUGGUCAUAGCAGCCAUCUAAAUACACAUAUGAGGAUUCAUACAGGAGAGAAACCGUUUAGUUGCUCUAAGUGUGAUAAAAGAUUUAACAGAAGGGGCAAUUUCAAUACACAUAUGAGGAGUCAUACAGAAGAGAAACCGUUUAGUUGCUCCGAGUGUGGUGAUAGAUUCAACCUAAGGUGCAAUCUCAAUAGACAUAUGAGGAUUCAUUCAGGAGAGAAACAGUUUAGUUGCUCUGAGUGUGACGAAAGAUUUAACAGAAUGGGUGAUCUAAAUACACAUAAAAGGACACAUACAGGAGAGAAACGGUUUAAUUGCUCUGAGUGUGAUAAGAGUUUUGGUCAUAGCAGCCAUCUAAAUACACAUAUGAGGAUUCAUACAGGAGAGAAACCGUUUAGUUGCUCUAAGUGUGAUAAAAGAUUUAACAGAAGGGGCAAUUUCAAUACACAUAUGAGGAGUCAUACAGGAGAGAAACCGUUUGUUUGCUCCGAGUGUGGUGAAAGAUUCAACCUAAGGUGCAAUCUCAAUAGACAUAUGAGGAUUCAUACAGGAGAAAAACCGUUUAGUUGCUCUGAGUGUGGUAAAAGAUUUAGUCAAAGUAGCCAUCUAAAUUCACAUAUGAGGAUUCAUACAGAAGAGAAACCGUUUAGUUGCUCUGAGUGUGUUAAAAGAUUUAACAGAAUGGUUGAUCUAAACACACAUAUGAGGACACAUACAGGAGAGAAACGGUUUAGUUGCUCCGAGUGUGAUAAAAGAUUUAGUCAUAGCAGCCGUCUAAAUACACAUAUGAGGAUUCAUACAGGAGAGAAACCGUUUAGUUGCUCUGAGUGUGAUAAAAGAUUUAACAGAAGGGGCAAUCUCAAUACACAUAUGAGGAGUCAUACAGGAGAGAAACCGUUUAGUUGAUCUGAGUGUGGUAAACGAUUUAAGAGUCAGUCCUAUUAUACGAGACGUGAUUCCUAAAGGAGAGAAGAGAUUCAGUUUCAACCUUUUGUAACAAAAGUUUUAUUUUUUAUUUUACAGCAGAUACUUAUUUAUACAUAUUCCUAGUUCACUGUUUUAAAUAGACUAUUAACAGUUUCUAUGUCCUUACAAAGUAGAACACAUUGAAUAACAGUAAAGAUUUGAGUUUAUAUAUUUUAAAUUUGCCUAAAACGCCUGUAUAAGGACACCCAAAUUAUAUUGAAAGCCGUUCUUGAAACAUUUGGAGUACAUGCAUGAUUUUGGUCUCUUUCGAAAGGUAACAUUCAGAACUCUAAGGGCUACUUGCAUUGAGUAAUAGCAGUUUGCAUACAUUAAAGUAAAAGGUUUUUUAUUUCGGACUGAAAAUUUUGCAGAUGACUCUAGCUUGAACUUAUGAGCUGGAAAACACAAUGGGACCCUAUCAUGAAGCCUUGACUAGCCCAAGUUCAAAUUUGAUAACAAUACCACAGAAAAUUAAUAUUUGACAGAUUUUAUCCUAAGCGCAUGUCUAGGCGUUUUCCACAAAGGCCAUUGGGAGACUCCAAAGGACCCUUUGUAACCAUGGUAACCAACCAGGCUAAAAAUGCAAAUUUUACACUCAAAGUUAUACUUUUAUAUAAAGGAGACAAAACCGGUCAUUUGGUUAAAAAUGUAUACAAAUAAACAUCUUUCAUAUAUUUUAGCAACAUGUAGCAGUCACGAUGGGGAUGAAACAGUGACGCACGGUGCUCUUGGACCAGCUGGACACUGUUGGGAAAUUUCAUUGUCUAAACGAUACACCAGUCAUCAGAACAAUCGGUUGGAAUUGGCUAAGCCUUUACAUGUCAGAAGAGGGGCACGCUCUUUCCAACAACAACUAGGUGCCUCGUUGGCUAUAGCAGGCUGUGGACAGCCCAUGUCAGCUCCGAUUGGGUCAAGUUUAGAUUGACAGCUCACUUGAACCAAUACGACAUGGCUAUCCACCAUUUUGAGAGCUGCACACAGAGUUACAAGUGAGAGUACCUCCCAGUUUACACGGAGGAGGUGGCUGCGCUGACAUUAUGCAACAGCUAACAGUGGCUAUUCUUUGAUGUAGUAGUGUGUUUUGGACUGACAUUGUUACUGGAUUGGAUCGUCUGGACCUUUGGCGAUGUACCAACACCGUUUUUGUUGGAAUGUUAUCAAUUUGUGGAUUAAUAUGAAGCUUCUUAGGUGAGUCGCGGCGACUUUUGUUCCAUUUCCGGUCUGACUGAGACGUUGAUUGUACCGGCUUUGGUGAUCGGAUCUUUAAAUGGUCUACAUCAGUGAAAUCUGAAGAAUCUUCGCUUUCAAACGAUAUGUUGCAUUAGUACCUAGCUGUACAAGGCAGUUCUGUAAAUAACAAUGUUUGACGUGAUCGGUAAAACAGCGCACCUGGUUAAGUAGUUCAUAUGAUUAAAUAUGUUUUUUUAAAUAAGUGUUUCUUGGUUAGUAAUAUUCAGUGACAGUGUGUGUUCUCCUUUAUUUAUUGAAUGUGUUUCCAUGAAUAAAACUCUAAUAAAAAGAUAAUGGUGUCUUC